CAUCAUUGAGGAUGAUUUUGAUCCCGAAUGUGGGACCCAGUUCCCCAGUGAGGAUUAAGAGACAGUGGGUGAAAAGGAUUCAGUGGGGUGUCCUCUUUGGGCUGAUGGUCCUCAUCUAUGGCUCUCAUGCACCACUCAUCACUCUCACCAAGGUAGAUGGUCAAGUCCCCUUCAACGCCUCCUCGUGUGUUGUCAUGAUUGAGUUAGCAAAACUCCUGAUUUCCCUCGCAACUCUUGUUCUAACUGGGGGUACAUCCGCCUUACAUGCUCCUCCGCCUCUAGUCCUUGUGGCCCCCUAUGCAGUCCCUGCCAUACUCUACGCCCUGAACAACAACCUGGUAGUUCUCAUGCAGGCCUACAUGGAUCCAAGCUCCUACCAGGUGCUUUCUAACCUGAAAAUUGCCUCCACUGCCCUGCUGUACUCUCUCUGCUUGGGCAAGAGGCUCCGUCCUGCUCAGUGGUUAGGCGUGGGGCUCCUAAUGGGAGCAGGCGUGUGCCACAGCUACAGCAGCCUGGAUCUAGGGGACCCCGAGAGGUCUGAAGCCGAGGACGACCCCAGGCUUCACAUCACAGCUUGGGGGCUUUUCCUUGUUCUGGUGUACUGCUGUAUUUCAGGGCUGGCAGCAGUUUACACAGAGAGGGUGCUGAAGAGCCAGAAGCUGCCCCUCAGCUUGCAGAAUCUCUACCUCUAUGUAUUUGGCGUGGCCAUCAAUGGGUUCUCCUCCUUCUCCUCUGUAGCAAGUGAAAAGAGCUUUCUGGAGGGAUACUCAGGGGUGGUUUGGGCCAUUAUAGCGGGGCAGGCAGCUAACGGACUCCUGAUGUCUGUGGUGCUCAAGCACGGAAGCGGGAUCACCAGACUGUUUGUCAUUUCCUGCGCCAUGCUGGUUAAUGCUCUGUUUUCUUGGGCCAUCUUAGGGCUGCAGCUCACCCCUUUCUUCCUCCUCCCUGUUUCUAUGAUUGGACUGGCAGCUUACCUUUAUUACAGAUAGUAAAGUCUCCACUAAAUGAACCACAAGGCACAUUGAACCAAAAAAGAAUUAAGUACAGUCUACCUUUAGCUCCUGUUUCCUACUUUUUGAGCUUCAGACGUGAUUUGUUUUCUGUCUUUUAAUCCAUCUGCCUUCUGACUUUGACAUUCAGAAUCCAGCACGUCAGCAGAUGGUUAAUUUGACAAUUGACAUCAUAUUUUAGAGUUUCAUUUUAAUGUCUGUUACACUAUUGCGAGUACAUUUAAAUAAUAAUGCGUGUCCAGAUUAUUAUAUCUUCAGUGAAAGAUGAAGAGUGCUGCUAUCUUGUUGAUUUUGUUUUGUAUUGCAUUCUCUGCCAAGACAAAUGUUCAACUAGAAUAUCAAAGUGUUAUACAGUGUGUUAAUGAUAACCAAUAAAUUGUGGAAAACUG